AUGGUGCGCCUGAGGGAAAUCCCACGGACGGCCACCUUCGCCUGGUCGCCCGGGGCUGCAUCACCAUUGAUUGCCACGGGUACUCGGGCGGGUGCCGUGGAUGUCGAUUUCUCCAACAAGACAUGCCUGGAGCUCUGGGAUCUUGGUCUGGAUCGCCAGGACGCCAGCGAGGAGCUGCAGCCGCUAGCUAAGAUCGACACCGAUUCGGGGUUCAACGACAUUGCAUGGACCGCUUCCGACGAUAGCCAACGUGGUGUGAUUGCGGGUGGUCUGGAGAAUGGCGCGUUGGAUAUGUGGAAUGCCGAUAAGCUGCUCGGAGGGGCCAGUGAUUCUUUGCUCUCAAGGACCUCUCACCACAGUGGCGCCGUCAAGGCCCUUCAGUUCAACCCCAAACAUUCGAAUCUACUGGCCACCGGUGGAGCUAAAGGAGAGCUGUUCAUUUCAGACCUGAACAACCUCAACAGCCCAUCUCGGCUUGGGAGUACAGCCGCUCGCACGGAUGACAUUGAAUGCUUGGACUGGAACAAGAAGGUCGCCCACAUCCUGGUCACUGGCAGCAGUGCUGGGUUUGUGACCGUCUGGGACGUCAAGUCUAAGAAGGAGAGCUUGACUUUGAAUAAUAUGGGCCGGAAGGCUGUGUCCGCCGUGGCCUGGGAUCCCGAGAAGCCCACGAAGCUCGUCACUGCGACACCUCUCGAGUCAGACCCCUUGAUCUGCGUUUGGGAUCUCCGAAACUCCCACGCCCCCGAACGGACCCUUCGCGGCCACGAAUCUGGUGUGCUCUCGCUUUCCUGGUGCGCCCAAGACCCAGACCUGCUCCUUUCUUCCGGCAAAGAUAACCGCAACGUCUGCUGGAACCCGCAAACCGGCCAGGCAUAUGGCGAGUUCCCUGUGGUCACGAACUGGACAUUCCAGACCCGCUGGAACCCGCACAACCCCAACUUCUUUGCUACUGCAUCCUUUGACGGCAAGGUCUCGGUCCAGACCCUUCAAAACACCAGCACCGACACCGCCAAGGCCAUUGCCGAUCAGAACCAGGCUCUCGAUGGGGAGGACUUUUUCGCCAAGGCGCAGACUCAGCCCAAGGUCUCCACAUUCUCUUUGCCCAAGGCUCCUCGCUGGUUGGAGCGGCCAUGUGGCGCCAACUUCGCUUUUGGUGGACGAGUUGUCUCUGUUGGGCUGGCUGAUCAGGCUUCCCGCGCCUCGAAGGUCAGGAUCACGCCCUUUGAAGUGGAUGCGAGCGUGGGCAAUGCCACCGAGAGCUUUGAGAACGCGCUGAAAGAGGGUGAUCUUCGGAAUCUGUGCGAAACCAGGGCAUCGGCCGCCUCGAGUGAAGAAGAGAAGGCUGACUGGAAGGUGAUCGAGGCCUUGCUCUCCGAGAAUCCUCGUAAGGGCCUGGUGGAGUAUCUGGGCUUCCAGGAUUCCGCAGGCGAGGCCGCUGAUACCCUGGCAAAACUUGGCCUGGAUACGAAGGGAGGCGAGGAGGCGAACGGUGUCCCUGAGACGGGGUCUCCCGUUAAAAAGCACAAGCGACUGCAGUCCAUGUUCGAUCCCAACCCCGAGAGUGACAACUUCCUCUCGGAUCUGGCUGCUUCCAAGGGUGCCCGUACCAACAAUCCGUUCCAGAUCUUCAAUGGUUCAGAGACCGAUUCCGAGAAGCAGAUCACUCGGGCCUUGCUUCUGGGCGAGUUUGACAAGGCCCUCGACGUGGCUCUCCAAGAGGACCGUAUGUCAGAUGCUUUUAUGAUCGCCAUCUGCGGUGGUCAGAAGUGUAUCGAGAAGGCACAGGAGCACUACUUCUCCAAGCAGGCGGGCGGCCCCAAUUACUUGCGUCUCCUUGCGUCUAUCGUGGGCAAGAACCUUUGGGAUGUGGUUCACAAUGCCGAGCUGUCCAACUGGAAGGAGGUCAUGGCUGCCCUGUGCACUUUUGCUGACCAGAAGGAGUUCCCUGAUCUUUGUGAUGCUCUCGGUGACCGACUGGAGGAGCAGGUCAAGAGUUCCGGCGACAAGAGUGCUCGCAAAGAUGCCUCUUUCUGCUUCCUGGCCGGCUCAAAAUUGGAAAAGGUUGUCGCUAUCUGGGUUGAUGAACUGCGCGAGAACGAGCAAAAAGGAAUUGAGACCGAUACGGAUAACUCCACCUUCUCCAUCCACGUCCGCGCUCUGCAAGCCCUGAUCGAGAAGGUGACCAUCUUCCGCCAGGUCACCAAAUUCCAAGACACCGAGCGAAACAAGGAUUCAGACUGGCGUCUCAGCAACCUGUAUGACAAGUACAUCGAAUACGCCGAUGUUGUCGCCACCCAUGGACGCUUACAGGUCGCCCAGAGAUACCUGGACCUUGUGCCUGAUAAGCACCCUGAGGCUGAAAUUGCCCGCAACCGUAUCAAGCUGGCUAUGCGACAGGCUCCGCAAAAGGCACAGGGUGGAACCGCGGCGAAGACAGGGUUCAAGUCUCUCCCGCAACAGCCCAGACAGCCUAGCCCUUACGGCCCGCCGCAGCAGAACUUCACUCCCGCUGCUCCCGUCCAGCAUGGUUACGCACCUCCCACGGCCGCUCCGUCACAGCCAGUGAACCCCUAUGCUCCUCCGUCUGGUGCGCCAGUCCAGGCUGCCAAUCCGUAUGCCUCGAUUCCUAGCGGCGCUGGCGGCCACGGCCAACCUGGUUACCAGCAAGGGCAGGGGAUGAGACCAGCAGCCUACGGGCCACCCCCGUCUGCGUUUGGUGGACAGCCUGCGGGCUCAGCCGUCCCUCCUCCUCCGCGCGCCUCCAAUCAAUCACCUGCCAACACUGUCACGACCUACACCACGGCCACCGGCCUCCCCGCAUGGAAUGAUCUGCCCGAAGGCUUUGCUAAGCCCGCCUCGCGUCGUGGCACCCCGGCUCAACGGCCCUCCCAGACCAUCGUCUCGCCGUUCCCCAACCAGUCUCCGCCUCCUGGUCAAGGACCUCCCCCCAUGGGCGUGGCUGCGCCGCCAGGUGGUCCUCAACGGACACCUUCAGUGCCGCCGCCUCCGCCCAAGGGUGCAGCACCCCCGCCACGCAUGACAUCUCCCCCGACUGCUGCACCACCUCCGGCGGCCUCCUUCUCUCCGCCGCCCCCGGCCAACCCCUAUGCUUCCCUCACCCAGUCGCCGCCAGCCGCCUCGAACAUGGCUCCUCCUCCGGCAUCAAUCCCGCGAGGACCUUCGCCGUAUAAUGCCCCGCCCAGCAUGCCGCCGCCAACUAACCGGUAUGCGCCGAGCCCGGCUGCCCAAGCUGCCAGCCCGCAGAUGCAGAUGCGCGCUCCUAUGCCGCCGCCCCCUCAAGCGGCUCCCUCGCCAUAUGCUCCUCAGCAGGCAUCCCAGCCACCGGCCGCGAACCCGUACGCUCCCAGUACGCCGACCACUGUGCAGCCUCCACCUAUGGGUCAAGCACCGCCUAUGGGUCAAGCUCCUCCUAUGGGCCAGGCACCACCACCAUCUCAGGGCUCUCGACCAGGCACGUCCCAGUCCCAGAAGGCAGCGGCUGCGCCUCCUAAGUACCCCCCCGGUGACCGGUCUCACAUUCCCGCCAACGCAAUGCCUGUCUACGAGCUUCUCUCUGCAGACAUGGAACGCGUCAAGGCCCGCGCCCCGUCCUCCUUUAAGAAGCAGGUCGACGAUGCUGAGCGACGCUUGAACCUCCUGUUCGACCACUUGAACAACGAGGAUCUGCUCAAGCCCAACACCGUCAACGAUAUGGCGACACUGGCCAACGCUCUUCAAAGCCGCGACUACGAGACCGCCCAGGCAAUUCAUGUCGAUAUCAUGACCCACCGGAUAGACGAGUGUGGUAACUGGAUGGUCGGCGUCAAGCGCCUGAUCAGCAUGAGCCGUGCUACCCCGUGA